ACAACCCUGCUUUACAAAAACAUUGACGGGUUUGUCGGGGCCACUAAUAACCCUUAUUUCCAGCCGGUUUAGCGUAACAUAUCUUGUAGUUUGUAUAUUAUAUCAAGAAAUAUAUAUCCUGUUUCACCAAUCUAGACCAACAGAUUGAUGAUUAUUAAGAUACAGCAAUAUGUUCGGAAGAGAAGACUUAAAAGAUGCUUUCCGAGUAGCAGCAGUUGAAACUAUCAUUUGGAAUAUGGCAGACAGGGUGGUUCAAGUUAAAGGUCCGUCAAGAACUGGUAGUGGUAUCGUUUUUAAAGCUAAUGGCGAAUUCUACGUUCAGACGUCUAAACAUGUAGUAAUUAAAACUUGCAGGAAGCAUGCCCAAGGUCUUGUUCCAGAGGGUACACAAUGUCACGGAUGUGAACAUAGAGCUCGAGUUUGCAACAAUGUUGAAGUUAUGUAUGAAGACCGAAAUGGCAGUCGACAUACAACUCAUAAAAAAGAAACAAAAAUGGUUGGGAAUUGCAAUUCUCACGAAAAAGCCAUUUUUGCUAUAGAUGAAGUACCCAAAUUCAUCAAGGAUAUGGAUAUAAAAGAUUCCGAGUGGCUAGUGGCUGAUAUCAGAAUAAAGGGAAAGGGGAGAUAUAUUAAAGGUCUGUUAGAAUACUAUAGUCCAAAUUAUAUCAUUCAUUCUUCAAAAACAAUUGAACCUAGAUCAGAAUGUUCCAUUAUCUUCAAAAAUUAUGCUGUAAAGCGAUGUACCCAAAUUACAAAAUGUUCUGAUAAUUGUAGUCAUGUUUAUUUUGAUCAGAACUUGGUACCGCCUGAAGCUAAAAACCAUUUCCACAAAGAUCUGCCAUGGAAAACAAGUGAUGACCAACAGGUGGUUGUGAUUUCUUUUUGCAACGAAAAGAAAAUAACUGUUGGAGAACCGACAAUUGAUCCGGAGAUCCAGGAUUGUCUAAUUCCAUGUGAACAAAUAAAUGCACCUACUGGUUGUCCACCCCUGAAGGAUGUGAUAUUAUUGAAACAUGAUGCACAUGUACAGCCGGGAGAUAGUGGGGCGUGCGUGCUGGUAUUCGGAAAAGAUGCUGAAUCCUCUAUUGGAUACAAGUCAUACAUGUGCAUGCACAUUGCUGGUAACGAUCAACAUGGAAUCUCAUCUAUUGGUCUAAUUAAUUAAACAAUAAUAACUUACCAACUGUUCAUGUGAUUCAUGGAUUUAUACACCCGCAUGUUAUGCUUACAAUUAGAAUAAUCAACAUUUAAAAACAUGGCUUCCUAUUUUUAGUAUGUAUUUCACUUGACUGAUCACCAUAUCACGUGUUCCUCCAACAUAAUCACGGUCGGGUUGUAAUUGCACAGGCAGACGACGGAGAGCGAAAUGGGGUUUAACGUUCACUCGACACAAACACAAUCUAGGUCAUUCCGGGAGUAACAUAUGGUUUAAUUUUCCGCCAUUGACUCACUUGCGCGUUACGGGUUGCAGUGGCGUAGGUAAAACUCCUAAGGAUGGCAUUAAUAUCAGUGUCAUGAUUACUUAAAUUCGUUGUUUACGUAUUUAACGAUUCAUUAACGACAAAGGUAUUAACAAAUGUUCUGCUAUAUAUCUGUAAACCCUAAGUCAUACAUGCCAACCUGAGGAGAUUGAAAAUCAGAAUGCCUUGUAUUGAGGGUAGAGCAAGGACCGCAGGUCCCAGUUCGAUCGGUGCAAAGCACCGUGAGUGCUGGAGGCACCGCAGGCGCCAGAGGCUUGAAGGGCGUGGGGUUUCUGGCCCGUUUAAGGGCCCCAAGAAAAUUUUGAGAAAUUAGCACCUUUUUAAAGCAGUACCUUGUAUUAUUGGAUAAAAACAGCUGGUGAUUUAGGUCCAUGCAUCUGAGUUUUUUUUACCUAUUUAUAUACGAAAGACUAAACAAAAUGCGAAUUCGUCGCCUCUACGCGAGGACGCAAUGGUUUCUGGAAAUUCUUUGCCGUAAGUUUCCCGGUAUUUUUGUCUGACAUUUGUUUUGGAAGCCAUUUUGUUUGUCUUGACCGACACGAAAGUAGAAGUCGUAAAUUAUUUAUACUGGGUUUUAUUUAUAAUUGUAAUUUGUUUUUUUUUUUCACACAUUGAAAACAUUUUUUAUCAAGUCAGAAGGAAAUAUGGCUAAGGAAGAAGGAACAACGUAACUGACAACUAACGGUAAACCCGCCGUGUAAUGUCCGAGAGUGUGUAUGCGAGAAUGGCUCCGCGUAGCAAAUAAUAUCCGCGAAGUAUGCAAAUUAGGCGCGGCCUAUGACGACAUUUUGAUCUCGAUUAGUCCAGACAUAUUAGCUUAUUCCAUUUUAUAUUAAUAAUAAUCGAGAAAACUGGAGACAUGUUUUCGGCUAUUUCCGUCGUUUUACCGCGAAUUAUGCAAAUUAGACACGGCAAAUGACGGAAAUAACCACAUGACAUUUUGAUCUUGAUUAAUCCAGACAUAAUAGCUUAUUCCAUUUUAUAUUAAUGAUAAUAAGGAAAACAUGACACAUGUUCUCGACUAUUUUCGUUGUUUUACCGACUCAUACUACGACAAACAGUAUCGCCAUCAGAUUCACAACAAACAGCGAGAAUGCCGAGACAGUCGUCAAUGUAAAAAUAAAACGAGAGGGAUUUUAUCAAUCAAAAAGGUCAGGCAUGAAAUAUAAUAAAUUUCUUCCAAUAAAUUUUAAAAAACGGAAUUAUAAAGAGUAAAAUCGGAAUUCAGAAUUAGACUCAGAAAAUCGGAAUGAUUCCGACAAAAUCGGAAUAGUUGGCAUGUAUGCUAAGUUAUUCAUUUCGGUUAAAAUGAAUCUGUUGCGUAAAUAAUAUUUUGUCAAUACUUCUUAUACAUUAUCUUGAAAUUAGAAAAUAAUGUUCAAGGAUCAUUAUUGGUUUAAUAAACACAUAAUCUAUAUUUUCAAGCAUUUAAAAAAAAUGACUGGUAUAUAGUUCG